GAAGCUUCACCAGCUUUAGCGGAGAGCCUGGGAGCUGCGGCAAGUGGCGGCAGCGGCAGCGGCAGCGGCAGCUGCAGCGAGAGCUGAUCUGCAAGCUACCAGCAGCCCCUAUCACCUGUGGAGCCCCGAGACUGGCGCGCAUCCUCUGAUCUCUGAAGACCACCUUUCUUUCCUCUUCUUUCCUGCAUUUCUUCAAGGAGCCGAGAAGAUAAGCGGGUUUGCUUUGCCACUCGGAGGAUUAACCCCUUCUGAGGAGCUAGGCUACCGGAGAGAGGGACUGCUCUGAACUCGGACCCCUACUGUGGGCCCGGGAGGAAUUUGCCUUGUCAGUUUCUCUACAGACACAAGCUAUGGAGCUGGAGCACAUGAGCAGUGGGGGCCUUCAUACCUACCACGGUCCCCGGGGCGGGCCAGCGGCCAAGCCCAACGUGAUUCUGCAGAUCGGGAAGUGCCGGGCAGAGAUGUUGGAGCACGUAAGGAAGACUCACCGGCAUCUGCUAACCGAGGUGUCCAAGCAGGUGGAGAGGGAGUUGAAAGGCUUGCACAGGUCAGUGGGGAAGCUGGAAAAUAAUUUGGAUGGCUAUGUCCCCUCCGGUGACUCCCAGCGCUGGAAGAAGUCCAUCAAGGCCUGCCUGUCCCGCUGCCAGGAGACCAUUGCCCACCUGGAGCGAUGGGUGAAGAGGGAGAUGAACGUGUGGCGGGAGGUUUUCUACCGGCUGGAGAAGUGGGCCGACCGGCUGGAGUCCAUGGGAGGCAAGUACCCAGUGAGCGGGGAUGCCACCCGUCAGACUGUCUCUGUUGGCGUGGGGGGCCCUGAGGGCUACUGCCAGGAGACUGACCCCUAUGACUACACGGUGAGUCCCUAUGCCAUCACCCCCCCAACACCGGCAGGGGUGAUUGGGGGAGGAGAUACCCUGAGCCAGGAGCCCUCGGACAUCCAGCAGUACCCACCCUGGAGCUCAACCACUGAGGAUGGGACACUGAGUCCUGGUGUAGACACUCAGAUUUUUGAGGAUCCCCGUGAGUUCCUCAGUCACCUGGAAGAAUAUCUGAAGCAGGUCGGAGGGACUGAAGAGUACUGGCUGUCCCAGAUCCAGAACCACAUGAAUGGCCCAGCAAAGAAGUGGUGGGAAUACAAGCAGGGAUCUGUGAAGAACUGGGUGGAAUUCAAGAAGGAAUUCUUGCAGUAUAGUGAGGGCACUCUCACCCGGGAUGCUAUCAAGCGAGAGCUCGACCUGCCCCAGAAACAAGGCGAGCCUCUGGAUCAGUUCCUGUGGCGCAAGAGAGACCUUUAUCAGACCCUGUAUGUGGAUGCUGAUGAGGAAGAGAUCAUCCAGUAUGUGGUGGGCACCCUUCAGCCUAAGCUCAAGCAUUUCCUCCGACACCCACUGCCCAAGACGCUUGAGCAGCUGAUCCAGAGAGGUCAGGAGGUCCAAGAAGGACUAGAGCAGGGGGAAGAUACCACUGAACAGCAAACCCAAUCAGAGGACAAUGAUGAAUCACUCACCCCAGCUAUUGAGUCCCUUGCCAGUGAUGGGACCCAGCCCGAGUAGAGGUGGUGGUGGCCACCCCUCAGCCUUUGUUAGCCCCCUCUCCCUGGACACCCCCACCCCUUCUGGGUGUCCCCUUCUGGGAUCACUAGGUUGAGGAUUCUCCCAGAUGUCCUGAUUUCCCAAGGGCAGCUUGUGCUGUCUUGCCAAGGAAGAGUUGGCAGUCAGCUUUGUCCCCCAGUGGGAUUGGCACUUGAUGGACUUGGACACUUUGGGAGACAAGACUCAUGCAGUAGGGGUUUUCCCACCACCUUGUCCAUACUCCCUCCCUCCUACUUGAAUCCUCCAUAGUUUCACACAGGAUCACCUAUGCCAGCAUCAGUUAACUUCUCCCCCUCCUCAGCUGCUUAAAGGCAGAAAUUUAGCCUUCCUUUUUCCCUCCCUGACUCUAGCCAGUCUGGUGUGUGUGUUCCUUGCCUUCAUUUUGUCCAUCCACUCCCCUUCACUCCUCCCCACCACCGUGGUUUUACAAAGAGUUUUACCUGCUCCCAUAUGGAACUAAGCAAGAGUCCAGCCACUGGCCUUGAUAUGCCUUCUUUCUCCUUAACAUCAUUCCUAUCCUUCUCCCAUUGGCCACUAGCCACAGGGGACAUGGAGAGUAGCUAGAUUAUAAAGGGGGCUGGCAUUGAGCCAGCUGGCUGUUUAGAGCUAGGACUCCAAGAUCAUCUGGGAAGAAACAGAGAAGGAGAAGAAAACCUGUUUUCCAACCUCUUGCUCUUUGUGUGGUGAGAAGCAAGUGUCCACAGCCAUUCUCCCCUCAGUGGGGCAGCUGGUGUCCUCCUUCGACUUCCCCAGAGAAGACACAAAGCCUUUCCAGGGAUGGCAGCAGCAAUGGGUGCCUGGAGAUCCUGAUCCCUCCUACAACCUAAAGUGAUUCACUCUAGCCUAGCAGAACAGAGAGGCAGCAAUGAUUCACCUUGUGAUGGGCAGCAGGCUGAGGGGGAUCAAGGAAGCUCCAGUGCCUGAUUUCCAAAGUCCUCAGGGAUUUAGCACCAGCACCUAUAAGGAACCAAUACUCUCACAAACUUCUUUGCUGCUGAGGCUGAAAUAUGCUAACCAUCCUGGAGAAGAAAGAACAAGCCUGCCAGAAAGGGAAGGAGGAGUUUAAGGACAUGGCGGCAGAGCUGCACCGACAAGGAGAAGGAUGGGGAGUAGAGAGGAUGAGAUUGCCAAAGAACGGGGGCCCCAGAGCUUCAAGUGAGAGAGGGGUGGACAGAACUGUGCGGAGGUGACACUGGCCACGCUGGCAAUCCACAGGGAGGGCGGCUUGGACAGCGGCCUCCUGGGGGAAGCCAGCCUCUGGACCUUAGGCACCGUCUGGCUCCCUGCCUCUGCUCUGAAUGAGCUCUGCAUCUUUGGAGAACUAAGUUCAGGUGGUAGGAGGUGUGAUCCCCUUUAUCUCCUUCAACCAGAGCCCCAUGUCUUGCCCUGGGCUAGUGGCCAUGGCCCGUCUUCCUGCCCCACCCUCCUGAACCUCACUCCUGGAGGCGUCUCCAAGAGGCAGGGGAAGUCAGGAUCUCUUUCUCAUUGGAUUCCCCACUGUCAUGUCCCUACCCUCCCAAUCCUUACCACACUGGCUAACAAAUGUUUACACCCCUGUCCCAUCCCUGGAGAGAUCAUCCAGGGUUAGUUCAACCUCCCUGGACCUUCCUGCUUGUCUUUCCAAGGGAAUAGGAGGCAGGGUGUCUCUGAAGGUCUCCUAGAUUCUGGCUGAUUAGCCAGCUACAGUCCUGUGCUCCACCAACUGCUCCCCAUAGAUUUAUUUUUUAAUAGUAGACAUUCUUCAGAUUCAUAUAUAGACUUUAUCGCCCUUCAUUCACUGUAUCUGGUCCCAUUGGCUAGAACUCUCUUGGCCUCAUUGACUAUUUAUUUGGGGAGGGACCUUCUGGGUAUCUCUAAGCUGGAUGAGCUACACCCCCUACCCCUUUCCCCAUUCAUCCAUUAGACUGGCCACAGCAUUAGCUGACCGGGUGCAGAGUCAACAGUUAAUGUGUGCCUCCCUUCCCCUGAAAAAAUACUCUUUUGUAAGAUUCUUUAAUAAAACAUUGAAAUAUCA